AUAAAUACCGUAACCUGAUUGUAUCAAAAUGGCGACUUCAGACGAUUCCAGGGAAGUGUUUCAAAGGAGAGUUCAGGCUAGAAUUGCCGGACAGUUUCUGAAGCAAAUUGAUCCAGAUGCCCUUGAGGACCCAGACCGAUACAGUGGUACCAAUGCUGGCAAACUUACCAGUCAGAUAGACCCAGAAACUCAGAAGAAAUUUGAGGCAAAGUUUGGAAAAUACCGUCGAAAGGAAUCUGUAUUCAGCAUUGUCAAUGUGCUCUGGUUGGUGGCUGGUGUGGCGGUGUUUUAUUUCUCAGAUGUUGUCAUGGUGAUCAGAUACGACCCCCGUGUGGACAGAUUAUGGUUCAACAUUGGCUCGGUGUUGAUGGGAAUCAACAUCUCCAUUGCCAUGUUUCUGGUGGUCUACCUGUCCCAGAUCAAGAAGAUCAGCUCUGACGACUGGGAGCGACACUACCCUGCCCUCAUCCCCAUCGCCACAGCAGCCUUCAUAUUCGGCGGCAUCAGUCUGACAGUGGGUCUGUGGCCGGUCUGGGGACUCCUCACAGUGCCAAUCCUCUUCACCAUGUUCAUGAGCUUUGUCGUGUUCGUUGCGAUGUUUGGAUGAAAGGUGCCAUGUUGAAGCAGAGGAUGAAGUGUUCUGAUGUAAGUGUUAGUGACAGACCAAGUCAAUCAGGGGGAAUGUGUAACUGGCAAGUAAUUCAUAGCAGGAAGAGUGUGGAAGUCACCAGGGACGGUGGAGUUGGCAAGAGUCAAGUGUCAGUGACAGUUGACAGUGGGGGUGACACGUAGCAAGUUUGGAUACACAACUCCUCUGUUGGACAUGGCUGACAGUAAUAUCCAGCAGACGGACACGUUCUGAAGCAGGAGGACAUAUUGACGCACUGCUGUGUUUUGUAUGAGUACCAUCGAAAACUUUCAGAUAACACAUACCAAACACAGCAUAUCUGUCUCACACCUCAUCUCCCAGAGGAUCUGUACUUUUGAAUGAUUGUGAUUCUUUGAUAGCAAUAAGAAUAUAUGGUAAUUUUUUUUAAUGGAUGAGGUUAUGGCUAAAGAAACUGCAUGAGUUAUACAGGUGUGGAUUAUGUUUUGAUAAAAACAGUGCAUGGGUUAUGGCUGAACAAAGUGCAUGGGUAAUACAAGCGUAGAUUAGGUUAUGGAUUAAGACGGUGUGUGGGUUAUUUCACUGCACAGUUGAGGUUUCGGCUAAAGACAGUGCAUGAGCUAUUUAGACAUUGAUGAGGUUAUGGAUAAAAAGGAUGCGUGAGAUAGUUGGAUGUGAUGAGUUAUGGCUAAAGAAAGUGUAUGGGUGAUAUCAACACUUUAUACCUUAUCAUCUUAAGGUUAUCAAUAUCUUCAGUGUUUGGUUAGCCAGAAAUCAGAGGCCUUAUUUCUUUCCCAACUUUAGCUUAAAAUAUUGUCAGUUUACUGAAAAACCUGUGAUAGGAUGAGGAUCAGGAUUCAAGUAUGUGUUAUUAAUAUAUUUACUGGCACCAAAUAAAGGUUUUGUGGGGUUUUAUGUUUAAUAUUACAGUCCUGUUCUUGACAGUUGAUUGUGAGUCAAUGCAUGAUUGGAAGCCUCUGUGGGUUUGUGUGACGGUUUUAUGAACAUGUCCUUGCAUACAUAAUAUCUCGGUUAUAUGCUUUUAGGUUUCUAAUCCUGUUUCUGUAAAGGUUGAGAUAAAUGUGUGAUUUUAUAUUUAUUAUAACAUGAACCUCUUAACAUGUGAAUUAUUUCUUUUCUUUUUAUGUGCAUAUUGUAACAUUUCAUGAAAUAAAUAUUCUUUUACAUUU